GUCCUCUCUUUCUAAAAUCUUUAUCAAUCUGUCAAAGUUUAUAAUUUCCAAAAAUUGUUAUUUGUAUUUUGUUGUCAUUGAGUGAAGUGAAAUUGUACUUUAAAACUAUUUGAAUACAAUCGAUAAAAUAUAACAUACACAAGCUGGUGAGCAAUGGAUACGUCAAAGCUAUGCAGGGGUUGUAUGAAAGAAGUGGCGUCUUGGGAGAAAGAAAACUUUAAUCAAAGAACAGUGGAAAUGUUCUGUUUUUGCACUAAUAUUACGAUAACAGAAGAAGAUGCACUUCCAAAACAAUUUUGUUACAACUGUAUUAUCAAAAUCGAAUCAGCUUACACUUUCAUCACAGAAGCUCUGAAAGUUACUGUCACCCUCAAAAAUAUAUUAUCCCGGACAAACACAGUUAUAGUACAACCAGAGACAAAAGCUAUUGAGAAUAGACUCACUCUACCUGAUUACAAAAUUAGUUCCACCAUAGAGAAUUAUGAAGAAACAAUUUACAAUACCACAGAUUAUGCACCAUGCAUAGACAAUCAGGAGUAUGAAAAAAUGGAAGAAGUUCAGGAAUUACAGAUAGAAGAAGUAAUAGAAAAAGAAGUUAAGAUAGAUAAAAAAGAACCAAAGCCUGUUGAGGAAAAGAAGAAUAUUUGUCCAGUGUGUCGGAAAGGAUUUGUGUCUAAAGCUUGGUUUAAUAAACAUAUGGAGAAGGAACAUGCAGGCAAUAAGUAUGCAUGUGUGCAGUGUUCUAAGACCUUCUCCAAACCCUCUCAGUUAAGUUACCAUGCAGUAUCCCACUCUGAGGAGCGUAAGUUCUCUUGCCCCACUUGUGGGAAGCGAUUCAAGCGCCGCAAGCAACUGGCUACACAUGUGCGCACGCACUCUGAUGCGCGACCAUACGCUUGCGACAAAUGCUCAAUGAGGUUCAAACUCAAGAGUGUGCUCAAAUGUCACAUGAAAGUCCACGACUCGGAAAAACCGUACCUGUGUUCAUACUGCGGGUGGAGUUUCUCGCAGGCGGGCAACUUAGAAGUGCAUGUACGCACGCACACGGGCGAGAAGCCGUACGCGUGCAGUACGUGCGGGUUCCGCGCGGCGGCCGCGUCCUCCGCGCGGCGCCACGCGCGCGCCCACCUCGCCGCGCCGCACCACGUCUGCCAUCUCUGCAGAAAAGCUUUCUACGACGCUAGUGGAUUGGCGCGGCACACGCGCACGCACACGGGCGAGCGUCCGUACCUGUGCGGCCGCUGCCCGCGCGCCUUCGCCGACAGCUGGAAGCGCAAGGCGCACCUCAUGCGCGCGCACACGCUCGCGCUGCACGACAUCCCGCCGCUGCACCGCGACGGACGGCCCAAGCGGGACGUGCAGCCCACCACAGGCACUGGGCCUAACAUGCGCUUCUAAACUAUGCUUUUACUUCGGGCUAUUCGAUCUCCAAUAAAAAAAAAAAAACAAACAAAAUAGCAUUGACGUAUAUUCUAUAGACACGAACGUCCAUAUAAACUAUUUGUUCAAAAUCUGAACUUAAAUGGCAACCAAAACCCCACUGUUAUAACCUAUUUAUUCACUUGAACAACAAAUAAUUUUGCUUAUUUGACUAAUAUUUUUUAUUCACAUCCAGAUUUACCUUUAGACUAGAGUCAGGUGUACGGUUUGCAGUACAGUUGAGUCGAAAACAAUGAGAGUACGGAACGCCAAAUAUAAUACGAAGAACAUAUAUAUCGAUGGAAAAUAGCUAUUUGUUAGCAUGCCAAAAAAUCUUUUUUCUGAUUAUUCCAUUUUAGAGCUGUAUCGAAAAUAGUUAUUAAGAUCGAUUAUUACAAACGGCAAUAGGUUCCACUUACGCUGCUAAACUGAUCUCUACAUGUACCAAAAA